AUGGAUCUGGAAGAUGACCACGAGGACCCCUUCGACAUCGGGGAUUUGUGGAAGCCCUCCCGGUUUCCCUUGCAGCCCCUGCCGCCCCUCGAACCGCUGAUCUGGGACAAAGAACUGCCUGAUAUUCCAACGGGCCCUUUUGAAAAUCCCCUCAACUUAUUCGAGAAAAACGACUCCCUCCUUUACCAGCUCGAUGUCUUCGGAUCCGAUGCCGUCGACCCGGACCCGGUUGCCGCACCCGAGACCGUCAACGACGAGGCGAAAGCAGAAAAGACUGAUGAAAGCGACGAUGACACGAAGUCUUCCGUUCCGGAACUGGAAAACAUCUGGGCGCUCGAGACUCUGCGCGAAACGCCAGAACCAAAGCCUAAACUACAGUCUUGGGAUGGGUUCCUAGAUCACGGGUUUCGGGAACCUGCCUCGGCAUACCUGAGCGAAUUUGGAGCCCGAGGGUUUGAUGCUGCACUAGCCUAUCAGGCAUCGGUCACCGGGCUGGAAAAUUCUGGACGUCUUGUACGGCCUGAUGUUUUCCUCCAUGCGUUGUUUCGGCUUGGACUCGGUUGGAACUCGAUGUUCUUCCACUACAAUGAGCAAAAGAGGGCUUUCGAGAAAAGCAUACGAGACAUACGCGUAUCAGGAGUCAGUCUUGCGGCAAUAGAUGGUCUGAUCGGAAAUGUCUUGCAGUGUGGGACAGACAUGCAGAGGAUCCGGAAAUUUGUUCGGCAAAACCCAGCUGUACCGGACCAGCCGUCUGCUUUAUCCAGUCUGGCUGGUGCUGCUUCUGUAUUAGUUUACGGUCUUGAAAAACGGCUGUCGACAUACCUCGGUCCGGAAACAUCAUUGAUUCAAAUUCAGGCCUUGUUCCGGCGGUGCGGUGAGCUGGUUGGCACUUUGGCAGAUAUUGUCGAUGCAGUUGAAAAGGCCAAAUACGAAAGCGAGAUCAUCUCCAUUCUUCUUGUCAAAUGCGAUAACCACGUACAGCGACUUCCUUGGAUGGCGGACAUAUUGCACGACAUUAUUGCUCGGUGCACGCGGCCGUGGCUGGCACUGGUGGAGAGUUGGAUCGGGCUUCGAAGCGAAAAGCCCCUCUCGACUCAACUGAGCAGUAUGAAGGACAGCUUUAUUGAAGUGGAAUACUCCCAGGACUUGGGUGUGCAACGAAUCGCACCCCCAAUAGCCGAAUAUUACUACCGUCCAGAGAUGAUGCCGUCUUCUGUCCCCGCCGACCAAGCAAGACUCGUUUUUGAAACCGGAAAGGCUCUUCGGCUUCUCAAGCAGGAGCAACCGAAUCAUCCCAUUUCAAGGGAAGAUGUUGUGGAUAGCUCUGAUCCUCCAGCGCUUGAGUGUGCGUUUUCUUGGGCGGACAUUGAGCAAAUCCAGAACAAGGCCAGUCAAUAUGAGCGUCAACUUCGUCAGGAGAUACUCCGAUAUCAUCGAGGUGAUACUUCCAAAUCGCGCCGUGGUACUCGAAUUGGCCACGAUGCUUUCGACGGAAACGAGUCCGAUCCUAGUCUGACGGAUAAUUUCGAACUGAUCGACCUCGAUGACGCGAAGAACUCGACCGGGCUUCUUGGGAACAGCUCUUCCUUGGAGUCAGACAGUCUCUAUUCUAAGGCUGUUAACCAUGACUUUCUCAACCCAGAAUCCUCUGAUAUCACUGAGACAGCUUUUGGCCCGCCGCUGGCAUCGGUUCUAUAUCUGUCUCUUGCCCCGACCCUUUCUCUGCAAGCACGGCUUGUCGACUACUCGUGCUUGCAUCUGUUAUUUAAAGUGCAUAAGUUGCGGUAUCAUCUCAGAAUACAGUGGCGUUUUCAGCUUUUGGGCGAUGGCAUAUUUGCCUCACGUUUAUCCCAUGCCCUCUUUGACCCGGAAAUGGCAAGCGGAGAGCGAAAGCCCGGUGUAGCACGUAGCGGCGUCCAUACCGGACUGCGUCUGGGAAAUCGUGAUACUUGGCCUCCGGCGAGUUCGGAAUUACGCCUGGUCCUCAUGGGGUUACUUGCUGAAUGUCAUGAGGCUAGUGAAAACCGGCCCUCGACACGGGGUAUGCAGCAUGAAACAAAGGAGAAGGAAUUACCGGGGGGCUUGAGCUUCGCAAUUCGUGAAUUGAGAGGGGAAGAAUUGGUCAAAUGCAAAGACCCCAAUGCAAUUGAGGCAUUGGAUUUCUUGCGUUUACAAUACACACCGCCGACGGUUCUAGAAAGUGUCAUCACGUCCCGAUCACUUCACAAAUACGACCGCUUGUUUAAACACCUUCUCCGCUUGUUACGAAUGGUUUCUGUCGUCCACGGUCUUGUACGUGAUUCUACGGCGCGGGGCUCUCUGUCGGGAGACACGCGGAAUAUCUUUCAGAAGUUCCGCGUUGACGCACAGCACUUCAUCGGCGCACUCAAUGAUUACUUCUUCCAGAUCGGUGUUGGGUCUACCUGGAAGCGCUUCGAGUCUACACUGUCGAAGAUCGAGCGCUGUCUAGACCGUGGUGAUAUCGACGGGACCAUCGAGACGGCAGGCUCGCUGCACCGCCUAAGACAGCCAACAAGCUAUUGGAGGAUAUCUUCGGGACUAUUCUAG